CUCUCUCUCUCUCUCUCUCUCUCUCUCUAUCUCUCUCUCUCUCUCUCUCUCUCGUUUUAAUUUCUAGAAGCCCUCCCCUCCCUCCCUCCGAAAGCUUCAUGAGUAUUCAACAUAUAUGAACCAUGCUUUAGUUAUGGAUUUUUUCUAUAUCAUCUUCAACUUUUUAGCUACUAGUCUCAUACUAAUCACCAUAGCCUGUUCACUUCUCAUCCUCAAAAUCUUCAUCGGAAAGUCAAUCAGAAACCCAAAAUACUCUCCGGUCGUCGGAACUGUAUUUGGUCAACUCUUCUACUUCAACACCCUCCAUGACUACCUAGCUGAUAUUGCCCGGAAACACCAUACUUUCCGGCUUCUUGCCCCUGAUCAAAGCGAGUUAUACACAACCGACGUUAGAAACAUCGAAUACAUACUUAAAACCAAUUUCGACAACUACACGAAAGGCCAGUAUAAUAAGGACGUAAUUACAGACUUGUUUGGCCAUGGGAUCUUCGCUGUUGAUGGCGUUAAGUGGAAGCAGCAGAGGAAGCUUGCAAGUUUCGAGUUCUCGACUAGGGUUUUAAGAGACUUCAGUUGUGCCGUUUUCAGAACCAACGCAGCAAAACUAGUCAGGAUCGUUUCUCAGUUUGCCAUGGUCAACGAAGUCUUUGAUAUACACAAUUUGCUGAUGAGAAGUGGCUUGGAUUCGAUUUUCAAAGUUGGGUUCGGAGUGGAUCUGGAUUGCCUAGAAGGAUCUAAUGAAGAAGGGAACUCAUUUAUCGAUGCGUUUGAUGAUUCAAAUGCUUUGACUUACUGGCGUUACGUAGAUCCCUUAUGGAAACUUAAGCGUUUUCUUAAUAUCGGGUGUGAAGCUUCUCUUAAGAAGAACAUCAAAUUGAUCAAUGAUUUCGUUCUCAAGCUGAUAAGCAGAAGACGAGAACAACUACAAACACAGAAACACCAUAAUCACAAGGAGGACAUACUUUCAAGAUUUUUGAUCGAAAGUGAGAAGGACUCAGACAUGGAUGAUCGAUAUCUCAUGGAUAUAAUCCUAAAUUUCAUCCUAGCUGGAAAAGAUUCUAGUGCGAAUACACUUUCUUGGUUUUUCUACAUGCUUUGCAAGAAUCCAGCAAUACAGGAUAAAGUUGUAUCAGAAAUAGAAGAACAUAUCGGGUAUCAAUUAGAAAAUGGGGAUAAUGUUGAAGAUUUUGUGGAGCGGAUUAACGAUGAAAUACUUGAGAAAAUGCAUUAUCUCCAUGCGGCUUUGUCCGAAACCUUGAGGCUAUACCCUGCAGUGCCCGUGGAUGGAAGAGUUGCAGAAUCAGAUGACAUUCUACCCGAUGGUUAUGAGUUGGAAAAAGGGGAUGGUGUGUACUAUAUAUCGUAUGCCAUGGGAAGAAUGUCUUACAUUUGGGGAGAUGAUGCCGAAGAUUUCAUGCCCGAAAGAUGGCUAAAUGAUAAUGGCAUUUUCCAACCACAAUCUCCUUUCAAAUUCGUUGCAUUUCAUGCUGGUCCUAGAAUUUGUUUGGGGAGGGAUUUCUCUUAUCGUCAAAUGAAAAUAAUGUCGAUUGCUCUUAUUCGGCCUUCAUCUCGUCGCAAUUCCAAGAACAUAAUGAAUAGGAAUUAA